AUGAAAGAGACUCUGCUUUUCUUCUCUAAUUCUGAGAUACAUUGUCAGGUUAUUGCUAAGACAGAAUUUGCUGACGAGAGGAAGAAUAUUUUUGAUUCCCUAAAGAUCAAGGAUAUCUAUGUUGCAUGUAUCGUGCCUACACAAGAUGCCAGGGCUUACUUAGUUGUGUCGAUGCCCUCAGAGGGAAGUGAAAUUGUAUGGAUCAAUGCAACCUUUAUUGAUCGCAUAACGAAUCUUGAAAGGUUGUUCGGAGGGGAGAAGUAUGGCACUCAUAAGGUAGAAUUGGAGUUAGAGACUUCAUCUUUUGUUGCCCGAGAUGUCAAGGUGGAUAUUGAACAUAAGAGGACCAUACAAUCCAAGGAGCUAGGGGUCCUCUAA